CAUGCGGCAGAUCAUGCAAAGAGUAUGGUCGGGCUCGAGAAGGGCAACUUUUCCGUUAGUCAGCAUCAAAGAUAAUUACGAUAUAAAGGUUAAAAUACAAAGAAGCCAGAGUUUUUAUGGUUGACAUCUGAUCUCUGGUUGCCAGAUAAAAGAAGCAAAAUAUGACCAUAAUACUUCGGUUGCAGGGUCUGAACAUUGAGGCCGGGACUGAAGACAUACGCAGAUUCUUUACCAACUUGUACAUCCCAGAAGGUGGUGUAUACAUUAUAGGAGGACACCUUGGUGAAGCGUUCAUUGUGUUCACUACAGAGAGAGAUGGCCAGCAUGCAAUGCGGCGCUCUGGAACUAUUCUUCGAGGGUCUCCGGUGACCCUACAUAUUAGUAGCAUCGCAGAACUGCAACGAAAAAUGGAGUCCAAACUACAGAGGGAGAAGCUCCUUCCAUUGCUGUUACCUGAGAAGAAGCCUUUGCCACCCCCGGAAGCGCUCUUGCCCGACCCUGCCACAGCCCUACUGAUCGGCCUUGUUGCUGCUAUCCAAGGACUGCAGUCUAAUCAGCCAGGAGAGCACAACAAUGCGGCAGCAGCACCUGGUCCUGUGCUCAGGGUCGAUAGCACAGCUGUGCCUGUGGGUGAGCCAAGGAGACCAGAGGAGGCUUACAGUCCAAGGCCAGGCUACGUCAGGCUCUUUGGCCUGCCAAAGACUGUCACCAGGCAGGAGAUCUGCCACUUCUUCAAAGGCCUGUUGGUCCAGGAUGUGAUAGCUAAUGUGAAGCUGGGCGUGAGCCAUGGCUGCCUCGUAAAGUUUGGGCAUGCCCAGGACGCAUGUGACGCUCUGAGCUUCAACCACCAGCGACUGGGCCGCAUCAGUGUGGAGGUCCGUGGGGCCUCUGAGGAAUUGUGGCGCUAUGCCAUCCAGCAGUGUCAGAACCCUUCAUAUGACCCCUUGGAAAACCCCUUGUAUAGGCCCACAACCCAGAAAGAUAGAACCUCGUACAAAUCCCAAGAAAUACCCUCGUAUACAAUCCAGAGAGAUGGACCCUCAUUAGAAUCAGAGGAAAUGCAGCACCAAACCCAGGAAAGGGCAAGGCCCUCAUACAGAACCCAAAGACAAAGCUUGUAUGAGCCUGACAGAGAAACACCCAUGACCUGGGCCAAGAGGCUCUCCGAGGACCGGUCGCUGUCACGGUCACCCAAGAGGCCCAGAUCCUGUGAGUCCCUUUCGUCGAGCGUGGAGUACUGUAUCAUGGCGCAAAAUCUAUCCAAAACAAUAACGAAGACUGAGAUAAAAGAAUUGUUUGGCUGUCCGAACAUCGCCAACAGCAAAAUAUUACACUUACUGUAUAAGGAUAGCCAGAGGACAGAUACAGCGUUUGUAGUAUUCGACCAAACGGAAGACUACAUUUAUGCUUUGAACCUGAACGGCUGCCAUGUUGGUUCCCAGGCCAUAGAUGUUUCCUCCGUCAGCAAGGAGAAGAUGCAAGCCAUGUUGUCAACUGGAAGACACCAUGGCAACCCCAAGACAACGCCAGCGGUGUCAGAGCGAAGCGAGGAGGAGAAACAUCAGAUUGAGAGACCCAGGGUGAGUCAGUUUCCCACAGGACAGACAUGUGUUUACAUACGAAACCUCCAAUCAGAUGUGACGAAAAUGGAAAUCAGAGAUUUUUUCUGCGAACUCCCUCUGGCUGAGCAGUUUAUCUACAUGCUGCAUGAUCAAGAAGGCAACGGCAUCGGUGAGGCCGUGGCUCAGUUUAAAACUGAGGAUUUUGCUACACGGGCCCAGAAACAACAUGGCAAGACAUACAUGGGAACCAGAGUGCUUCUCACCUGUAUCAGCUUCCAGCAGAUGGAGGACAUCUUGAAAAGGAAUCCAUGAGGAAAGACAACCUACUCCUCAUAUUUACAUUUUAGUCAUUUAGUAGACACACUUAUCCAGAGCGACUUACAAGUGCAUACAUUUUCAUACUUU